AUGCAGGCUGUCCACCUAGCCGUCGAGGACUGGGACGCAAAGAUUCCCGACAAUCUCGCAACAAAGUGGCAUGAAUGGACGACAAGCAUCAGUGAAGCAAAGGAUCUAGCCAUUCCUAGGCCAAUCACCGCGGCAGGAAAUGCGCCGAUCGAUAUCCACACCUUUGUGGACGCAUCUCUUGAUGCAUUUGCAGCAUGCGUGUACGCAAGAAGCUGCUUCAAAGGGUGCUACGUCGUAAGGCUUGUCGCUGCCAAGGCUCGAGUGGCUCCGAUCCAUUCAUUAACGAUUCCAAAGCUCGAGUUGCAAGCCGCCAUUUUGGGAGCGAGGCUCACCGAAACCGUUGCAAAAGAGCUCAGACUGCCAAUCCACCGCACUACGUUCUGGACAGAUUCACGAACAGUACUGUCGUGGAUCAAUAGCGAACAUCGGAAGUAUAAGCAAUUUGUGGCGCAUCGAGUGAGCGAGAUUCUGGACACGAGCAGCGCCAGCCAAUGGAGAUGGGUUCCUUCAAAGGAAAAUCCAGCCGAUGCCGCCACAAAGGUGACCAAUGCAAGCAUGUGGUUUAAUGGUCCAGAAUUCUUGUUAUCAAGAGAGUGUGAUUGGCCCGAGCAACAGCCUGUCUCAGACACAGAGGAGGAGAAGCGUGUUGCUGCGAACCCAGUGCUUCACCAUCACGAGGCAGUGGUUCCCGAGCUGAACUAUUCAACAUGGGACCGCCUGCUUCGCCAUCACACAUUCCUAAAGAAGUUCGUGGACUUUUUGAAAGACCGCAAGGCGUUCAACAAGAUGAUUGGACGUGAAGACGUAGAACAUGCCAAAUACGCCUUGUUACGCAAGGCGCAAUGGGAGGGGUUCCCGGAUGAAAUGGAGGCCCUAACAAAGGGGGAGGAAAUAUCCAGCAAGAGCCAUAUUAAAACGUUGUCACCUUAUUUAGACCAACACAAUCUCCUGAGGUCGCGAAGCCGUCUAGAGAACGCGACGGCGCUACCGAAAAGCGCGCGCUCACCAAUACUUCUGCCGCAGAAACCGCGCAUCGUCAAGCUUCUUGUGCGGAACUAUCACGAGAAGUAUCAUCACCAGGCCGACAAUUUCGUGAUCGGUACUCUGCGGCAAACCUACUGGAUCGUGCAGCUGCGGAACGUUUUGAAAGCCGUUAAAGGCUGCUGCCAGAGAUGUAUUCUCAACACCGCUACCCCGCAAACUCCUUUGAUGGCGCCCCUGCCAUCUUUCAGGACACACCCUCACAAUCCGCCAUUCCUACACUCGGGAGAGGAUUAUUUUGGGCCCCUCGACGUCACCGUGAAGAGGUCCAUCGAGAAACGAUGGGCGGCUAUAUUCACAUGCAUGAGAUCGUGGGAGCGGCUUAUUCAGAUUGUAAAGAAAGCGCUACAUCACAUGGCGACUGAAUGGAAAACGCGACACCCCAACCCGGAAACGUUGCGAGCGGCGUUAAUAGAGAUAGAGGCUAUGAUCAAUUCGCGGCCAUUGACGCACAUACCGUUGUCCAACGAGGAAGACGAGAUUCUGACGCCGUUCCACUUCCUUAUUGGACGAGGUAUUGAGAGCCUACCGCUGGAUAGCCUGGACACAUCCUACGUAUCCAGGCAGCAGUUCAAAGUGGCCCAGCAUAACGCCAAGGUUUUCUGGGAUCGCUGGAAGAAGGAGUAUCUGUCAACACUCAUCAAACGGAACAAGUGGACCAACAAGGUGGAACCAGUGAAGGUGGGCGAUGUGGUGGUGCUCACAAACGACAACGCACCCGCGGGACAAUGGCUGAAGGGCAAGGUGCUUGAAGUGCACCCGGCUGCGGAUGGGCAAGUUCGCGUCGUGACCGUGAAGACGGCCUCCGGAAUCCUGAAGCGACCGGCCGUCAAGGUAGCAGUAGUGGACGUGAAGCCCAAGGAGCAUCUACUCGUCGUGAAGCAACCGUCAUCCAAGACGACCAAGAGAGUGCUGGAAGAUGACGUGACUAUAAGGGAGGCCCCGUCAACCAAGCGGAUCAUCACAGCUGGCGACUGGACAGCCAGAUUGCUUGCGGGCAAUUCCGAUCGCGAAUGA